AUGGAACAUUCAGAGCCGCCAGAGACUCAGGUCGCUCUACUUUUAUGCAUGCACGCGCAGCAGCAAAGCUCUUUGGCUGCCGUCCGAGCUGCCGUGUCAUCGGCAAAAAGUGAGGCCGAUCGCUUGGAGGACCAAAUGCUGGCAAAUAACUUCGUGCUCGCAACAACAGCGGUGGACUGCCUCACAGUGCAUCGGCAGUUUUGCGAGACGAUCGUGGCUGUCCUCGAGCCCGAAUGGGUCAAACUGAUGACCCCAAAGGAGCUGCCGGAACAUAUCCGUGAGUUUCAAGCUGCGUUGGAGUUUCCGCAAGGAGUUGGAGCGCUGGAUGGGUGCCACUUCCCGGUGUCACCACCACAAGAAAAUGCAAGCGACUACCACAACUACAAGGGCUGGUAUAGCAUCAUUCUGCUGGCUCUGGUGGACCACCGCUACAGGUUCCGCUAUGUCAACGUGGGAGCACCAGGGCGAUGCCACGACGCACACGUCUUCCGCAGGUCGGAGCUUGCAAAGGUCUUGGAAGGACCGUUGUUUCGAGCUCCGCUUGUCACUGUGAAUGGAGCUGUUGUGCCACCACUGAUCUUGUGCGAUCAGGCCUUCCCUCUCACAUCAAACCUCCUCAAGCCCUAUCCGCGCAAGGGCUUAAAGGAAAGUUCUCCGGAAGCUAGCUUCAACAAGCAGCUCUCGGGAGCACGAAGGAUAGUAGAGAACGCCUUUGGCAGAGUGAAGGCACGCUUUCGCUGCAUAAUGAAAAGAAUGGAGUGCCAUGUAGACAAUGCCAGGGUCAUCAUCCGAGCCUGCUGUGUGCUCAACAACAUCUGCGAGCACUUCAAUGAUGGGGUUGAGCCACAGUGGGUCACCGAGGUGCAGCUCUACGACCGCAUGUUCCUGCAACCUCUCUGUAGAACGGAUGUUGCCGCUGGAAAUGGACAGGACGUGAGGGCAGCCAUAGCAGCCUACCUCCAUAGGCGGAACACGCAGCAACACGCAACGUAAUCUAGUGAUGACAUCACAUGUACAAGUGGCAGGAAGGACUCGAUGGAAGAUCAUCCAACUUCCAAACGAAAUGUGAAGCCAACUUACUGCACUAGCCCUGUGCAUGCCCACACCUCUUGGUGAAGCUAGCUGGCCUUACUGUUUGUUCGGAAGUUGCAUGGUUUAUCGUCAAUCCCUCCCUGCCACCUGCAUAUGUGCUGGUCUGUUUACCGGUAUGUAUGUGCAGCAUUACUAUGUCCAAAUUUCAUACUUUGCUCAUACAUACAGUAAUUCAGCUACCCAACAUAUUUGGAGAACAAG